UCAUACUUUCUGUGCUAUAUAAGCGCUAUGCUUCACUAACAAAUGUAUAGAUUAAUACAGUUUGAGCUUUAAUAAAUCUUAAAAAAUGCGAGUAUCAUCUCUGUCACUGGCUUUUGCCAUAAUCUAUGUUAUGGUGAUCAUUAACGCACCCGUAACAAAAGCAAAAGCCGUUUUCGGAGCUGAUUCCAAGAUCCUAAUGUCACCAUUUGAUGAUAUGAUAAAACCAAUACAACCAUAUAUAAGUCAGCUAGAUAAGCUAAUUGCAGCUUAUCCAGAAUUAGGGAACUUUAUAAGACCAAUGAUGGCUGCACUCAAGGGAUAUAGGAAUGUGUAAUAGGAAAAUAUGAGAUUGUCAAAAAUAUGUGUAUAUAAAUGAUUACCAUUGAAUAUAAUUAUAUAUUUUUAAGAAAAAAUAUAAA